CUAGAUAGGCAGCUCGCUGUGUGUUGAGACGCGCCCGUGGUGUCUCUCGGCAGCGGCGGAGGCUUUUGGGGACUUACCGGAAACCAAAGUUUUUUUUUUGUUGUUUUUUUUUCUCGAAGCCUCAAACUUUGUGACUGCUGAAAGUCGAAAGAGGAAAAGAGCAGCAGAGUCCCGUUACGUUUCUGCCUCGUACACGGUUCCUUGUUUUUCGUCGUCAUGCUGGAUGUGAGAAAGUUGAGACGAAGGCAGAACCCUAGAUAAAGUCCUGCGUCGAGCGGUUUCUUUUGCGCGUAACGGGAUCUUUGCUUUUUUUAUAUCAUGGAAGAUGUUGUGAAAGAGGAGCCAGCCAAGCCCAAAGAGGUGCCUCUGGCUGGGAAGGCCGGCUGGUUGAAGAAGUCGUCGGGGAAGUUCUUGAGCAGCUACAAGGACCGAUACGUUCAGCUAGAGCGAACCGUGAUUGCGGUCUAUGAGAAUGAGGAAUUGACAACAUGUCUGGAGAAACUGGACUUGGACAACUACGACACAUGCCACGAGUUAAAGAGUCCUUUUAAGAAGAAACACAGACUGGUACUAAUACGAAGCCCCAAGUGCGGUAAUAAGGUCCAAGAUGUCAAACUUCAGGCACAAACUCCUGAGGAGAAAGAGGCCUGGAUCAAGGCACUCGGUGAAGGAAUCAAUAAGGCAAAGAACAAAAUUUUUGACGAGGUAAAAGUUGAUGACAGCUGCUCUUUAGAACAUGUUACACGGAACCGACCAAAAGGCAACCGUGGAAGAAGGCCGCCAACAAGGAUACACAUGAAGGAGGUUGCAAAUGUUUCAAGUGAUGGAAUAUUAAGACUGGACCUUGAUGGUGAAGUUAUCAUGCCGAAUGGAACUCAUGGUUUGAAUGCAAAAGGUGAUAAACAAACCGAAACGAAACCAUCUGUGGCGAUGAACAACAUUCCAGAGGAGGAAGCAGAUGAAGAGUCCACACCCCAAAAGAAGGUCAUAAAGCCGCCCAUGCCGCCAUCAAAAGACAACAAACCCAGUGAAACUCAUAAAGAGGAUGAGCCCAAAAAUGAUGAACCUGCAGCUCAAAAGAAGCCACCGAUGCCUCCAUCAAAGGAGUCCAAGCCUUGCGCCUCUGUUGAUGGCGCUGCUGUUGAGAAGAAUGUCUUGGACAGUAAAGUGGAGGUUGAAGCAGAAAGCACUGACUCCUCCGAACCGACCCCUUCCUCCAAGAGCGUACAGCCCCCUACUCCUCCCUCCAAAAAUAUGAAGCCUACCCAACCAGUAACACCAGCCACAGUCACAGUUAAUAAUAAAGAGGCUGACGAUGAAGGUACCAAAGUAGAUGGCGCUUCAAAUGACAAAAAAGAUAAGUUAGAGGAAGUAGAGACCUUUGUUCUGUCCACAAAGGUCAUAAAACCACAGGUAGUGAUGUGGGAUUCGCCCAUUAUACCAUCAAAAGAACCCAGUCCUGAACAAGAAGUGCAAAACUUAAAGAAAGCCUCUGAUACCACUGGAGAGGUUGCAACCUCAUUAGUACCUACCCAACUUAAUCUAACUCCACUAUCAACCCCUGAAUCUGUAAAAAAGAGCCCCGGGCCACCUGCUCCACCCAAGAAGAAACCAACCAUGGCAUCUGCCAAAAAAGAGGACGCUCCCGCACAAAGUGACCCAGUGGUCGUUACCCACUCCACCACCACUUCAUCUUCAGAAACAGUUGACAAUAAAUUAACGAUUUCUGAACCCAAAACUGAGCCAGUUGGGGAUGUGUCAAGCGAAGACUUGGAGGAGAAGUCUUUAGACAGUGGCCAGCACUCAGGAGAGGAGUCUGAAACCGGUGACCAAGUUACACCAUCCUCCAUCAUGCUCAAAGGAAGCUCCCACGGGCUAGAUUUGGAGACCAGCGAGGAUGAUCUAGAACCAUUGGACAGCAAAGCUGAGAGCUUGGAGAAGCCAUCACUAGAAACCCCGUCCACCACCUCAAAGACCUCAGUUCUUAAUGCACAUCCAACCGCAAGCAAAUGUGACGACAUGUCCUUGCACCUCACCAUGCCUCUCAAGAUUUCUUCCAAGGCCCGCUCCGCAUCCCUAGGGGACCUCCUUGUGGAGAAUGCAGAGAAGAUGGAAAGCAGUGGAAAAAUUAUACCAAUUAAACCAGAUGGAAGUGACGUAAAGGACUUGCAAAGCAAAGUGUCUUCUGAGAUCAAAGAGACUGGAGAGCUGCUGAACGCACUCGUGACUGCACAGAGUGGUGAAGCGGAAAUGAAGGGGGACGCGAGUCCGGAGAUCUUGCUCUCUGCAGCAAUGGAGAAGCUUAUGAAAGCUGACCAGUUCUUGAAGGAAGCCACAAAUCUUAAAGAUCUCAAUAAAAAAAACAGAUUAAGUUUGUAAUAGUAAGUGUCGGUAGAAGGAACCCGUAGGGAUGAGCUUUGCUGAAAAUGCAGUUUCGCAGUAUGCAAAUUAUCAAAUGCAGUUCUUAUCCCCAGCCGUUUUCAAACCUCCUAAGCAAUUUCUAAACCUUGCAAAGCUAAGAUGCCUUAAGGUGCUAAGAUGCCUCCGCUUCGUCUUGUGCUCAGCCUUGUCCACCUAGCUGUUAAAGAAUACUCAGCCAUGGAUAAGGGUUCAACCUGGUGAACUCGUUCUGUCUCUGCUUUUACAUGGCGUUGUACGUGGACACAAAAAUUGAGCAAACAGUGAGCACAUAAAGUCAGUUUUCCGAAGGGUCAAUUAGGGUUGUACGACUACGUACAUUUUAGAGUGGAUAUCUGCAGACACCUCUGAUGACAAAAAUGUUACAGUCUUGAUAAUGUAGCCUUCUGCCCAAAUCCUGUUCCUGGAAAUCUACCUACCCUGCAGAGUUUAGUUCCAGCCCUGCUCCCACGCACCUGUCUAUAAUAAUCAAGUAAAUUUGGGUCAUUCGGGUGUGCGUUUAUCAGGGUUGGAGCUGAACUUUCGAUGAAGAAAGAUCUUAAGGAACAGGACUUGGCGACUAUGCUCAAGAUCAGGGUUUCUCAAGAAGCCCUAACCAACCACACCUGAACAAUCUAAUCAAGUUUUUCAGGACUGCUAGACAUUACAGGCCGGUUGGAGCUAAACUCUAUAAGAAAGUGGACCUUGAGGGCCAGAAUCGAGGACACCUGCUCUAAAUGAAGACACUGCAGGCCUGCGUGUUGUUGGUAGGAAGACAAACCAUUUUCUCUCCAAACUGAGAUAAAUUUGUACAUGCUACAUUUAAUUUUGUGGAGAAACAUGCAACAUUUGCUAGCCAGUUAAUAUACCUGCUGUUAGAUGUCAUGUCAUGUAAUUUGGUUUUAGCUUGCUUCCUAUCUCACUUUAGAUUUACUGUGUUUCCCACUCUAUACGUUUAGUUAUAUUUGCCAAUUUGCUAGUUAGAUUCAACCCCAAAAAUCACAUUUGCACAUAACCGCUUAUUUGAUAAGUUAGCGUUUUACACUUUUAGCACACAUGUUGAAGGGAGAAUUGUUGAGAAUUAUGUUUGCACCGCAACUUCUGUGUACAAAGGAGGAGUUGAAAAUUUAGAGUCGAGGGAUAUUGCUCUCGUCCACAAAGUCUCUAGCAUGUAGCUACCAAUAGGUAGAUACCGGAGUACUUGUACUAGUUGUGUUUAAUAGUUGCUUACUUUGGCCAAGCUGAGUUAGACCCCCCCACCCCUUUAACCAUGCAAACUGUCUUCAAAACUGCUGCCCUUCAGAGCCAACCUGAAUAUGCAAGGUAGUUCAUCAUAUUUGAGUUAAAAUUACAGCACCUUAAACUUCUAUGAUAUAUAUAUAUAUAUAAAGGUUAUUAUAAACUAAAUAUGUAGCAUAUAAAUAGCAUUGCUAUAUAUUUCCCGAUCCAUGUCUGUUGUUUAAAGUGCAGGUAAGAGUUUACAGUAAAGGUUUUUAUGCAUGUCAUACUUUACUGCAAAAAAUCUGAGCAGAUCCAGAUUUUUUUUAUGAUGGACGAAAGUUUUGAAGGCUUGUAUAAAUGUGACUGACUCAAUGUCAGAUUGAAGUUAUUGUUUAACAUGCGAAAACUUCCCGGCAAGUAUUGCAGACUCAGUAUGUCUUUAAUUGUGUUCUGAUCUAAUGACUACCUAAUCUAAAAAUAUCCACAAUUUAAGAUUUGUAUAAAUAUUUGGGAUUAGUAAGACUUUUUAAAUGUUUUUGAAAGAAGUUUUUUAUGCUCACCAAGGCUGCAUAUAAUGAUUCAAAAAUACAGUAAAAAAAAAAACAAAACAGUAAUACUGUGAACUUAAAAAUAACUUUUCUGUUUGAAUAUAUUUAAAAGUUAGAUUAAUUCCUAUUAUUUGAUAUUAUCAAAUCAAAGUUGCAAGCAGUGCAGCUUAAUAUUUUUGUUAAAAGCGUAAUGCAUUUUAUUUUCAUGAUUAUUUGAUGAAUAGAAAGUGAAAAAGAACUUCUAAAUGUAUAAUAUAAAUCACUUUUGAUCGGUUUUAAUGUAUCCUUGCUGAAUGAAAGUAUUCACUUUCUGAAUGGUAGUUUUAACAGUGUUGGAGUUACCACACCCAGUCACCUUCAUCUUCUGGUAGCCUCGCCUGAAAAUGUUAGCACUGCAGAGAGCCACAUAAUCAUGCAAAGUGUAGUUAAUAGUCUGUUCCUCGUGGUCUUUGUCAUACUGAUGCUGUGGGUACAGCGGUUCCCUGUUCACACAGUCUAUUAAUAAUCCACAGAUACUAGUUUCAUGCUGCACUUCAUCUUUAGUUUCUUUAUACAGAGAGAAUUGGUUAGCGAAGGCUAUUAUGGGUAAGGCAAAACGUGUAGAAGAUAACAUUGAGUUAAUUUUACUUCAGGGUAUUCUAGACGUAAUGAAAUCAAAACUAUUCCCUUGACGAAAAAGUGUUAUUUUUUUUGUGGUACCAUUUUGUAAGAUACGAUCUUACAUGUAAAUAGUCCUUGAUAUAAAGUACACAGUCUUUGAUAAUGAGAUGCAUUUUAGCUUGUCUUUAGCGCAGUACAUAUAGUGUUUAAUUUCCUAUUUCCCUCAGAAGUUUGAUUUGUUUUUUUUUAUAUUUUUAAAGAAACUAUAGCUCGGUGAAUAUUUGAACAUUACGUUGUAAAUAACAAGGCCACCAGGGAAAUGCUUAAUAUUUAAGUUAUUAAUGUUCUGACAUAUUCAUGUGCAUUGUCUGUCUAAAACGAAGCUAAAGAACAAAUUUAGAAAUGCUGUUUACUGUUAAAUGUUUACUGUUGAAGUUUGAAGAGGCUAAUGAUUUUAUUACAGUAUAAUUGCUUUUACUAACUGGACUAAUGUUUUUUAUCUAAAUGCAUAUUAAAUGUGCAGAAAUGGGAAAUAAUUGCUUUGCAAAACAUGUCUUAAUAAAGACAAUGUGUCUUUAAUAUUCA